AUGGAUAAGGAAUUCAUUAUGGACGUCAACGAGACGAAGACCGGCGACCCUUUGAGGCAGAUUGAUUCAGCCCCAGGUAACAUCGUUUCCGAUGAGGAUCGCUUGGCUCAGCUGGGCCAUGCCCAGGAACUGAAGAGGCAAUUCUCACUUCCAACUCUUGGGGCACUCUGCCUCUGCCUUAUGGCAACAUGGGAAGCACUCUCUACAGUCAUCGCUCAAGCCCUCCUAAGCGGCGGCGCGCCGUGCCUCUUCUAUAACUAUGUUCUUUCCUUCAUCUGCUCUGUAUGCAUUGCAGCUUCCCUGGGCGAGAUUGCGUCCAUCUAUCCAACAGCUGGCGGACAAUACCACUGGGUUGCUGCGUUAUGCCCUCCGAGAAGCCGAUCCCUCGCCGCCUUCACGACCGGAUGGAUCUCCGUUGGGGGGCUGACCGUCUUUUGCGCAUCGGCGGCCUUUGCAGCUGGACUGCAGACUCAAGCGUUGAUUACUCUGAACGAAGACUCGUACAUUCCUCAGCGAUGGCAGGGUAUGCUCUUUUACUGGGCGGUGCUUUUGUACUCAGCUGCCAUGAAUAUCUGGGGUUCAAAGAUGCUGCCGCAUGCAAACAUGAUUUCAGGUAUCAUUCACGUUGUUGCUUUUGUUGGAAUACUCAUCGUUCUUGGAGUGAUGGCACCCAAGAACACCCCCGCCUUCGUUUUCACCGACUUUGUCAACAGCAGUGGGUGGAGCAAUGAUGGCAUUUCCUGGCUGGUCGGACUCAUCAGUGCUGUAUAUCCCUUCCUCGGAUAUGAUGCCGCCUGUCACAUGGCUGAGGAGAUACCCGACGCGCCUCGAAACGUCCCCAUUGCCAUGGUUGGCAGCGUGGCCGUCAAUGGUCUGAUGGGUCUCGUAUAUGUUACCGUCCUCCUCUUCUCGACAGGAUCCCUCGAAACGCUCCUUACAACCCCAACGGGCUUCCCAUUCAUGCAGAUCUAUCUGGAUGUGACCAAGUCUAGAGCGGGAGCUACAGUUAUGUCGCUACUGCUGAUUUCGAUAGCCAUCGCAGCAACGGUUGGCGGUAUCACGUCGGCAUCCCGAACUCUUUGGGCUUUCGCACGCGACAAGGCAGUGCCAUUCGACAGCUACUUCAGCCAUGUUCACAAGGGAUUGCAAGUUCCUGUCAGGGCAGUGGCCGUUGUCACAGCCUUUCAGCUCAUACUCGGGUUCCUUUACCUUGGUAAUACCACUGCCUUCAACGCUGUUCUGUCCAUGGCAAUUAUCGGGAUCUAUCUUUCGUAUAGCAUUCCAAUUGCCUAUAUGCUCAUUGUGGGACGAAAGAAAUUGACGCGCAAGGAGUAUGGGCCUUUCAAGUUGGGAGGCAUCGUGGGCCCGGUUCUCAACGUCGUCAGUUUGAUAUGGAUGACGGUCGUCAUCAUUUUCAGCACCUUUCCCUCUACACAGCCAGUAACGGCACAGAACAUGAACUAUUCUACUGUAGUCAUGGCUGGUUGGUUGCUGUCUGGGCUCUGUUAUUACUUUGUUCGCGGUUAUGCGAAGUUCGAAGUACCAGUUGUCAUUUCUGAGGUCGUGGAAGGGGUAAGGGAUGACUGA